GGGGACGAUCCGGAGCGUCCGGACCGUCCGAGUGGUGUUCCGGGGGGCGAUGCAUUCGCGCUAUAUAAAGGGAAUAAUGUGAAAUAUAGCCCAAGGUAAGGGUGAUACCUAAAAAAUGGAGCCUCGGCUCCCAUUGAAAUGGCCGACGUUGUUUUUAAUAUUAUUAUUGGGCGUCGCGACGCCGCCCUUUAUUCGCGCCAAUCCGGACGCCAAGCGUCUCUACGACGAUCUUCUAUCGAAUUACAAUCGAUUAAUUCGACCGGUGGGAAACAAUUCGGAUCGGCUCACCGUCAAAAUGGGCCUCAAAUUGUCCCAGCUCAUCGACGUGAAUUUGAAGAACCAAAUAAUGACGACGAACGUUUGGGUCGAACAGGAAUGGAACGAUUACAAGUUGAAAUGGAAUCCGGACGAUUACGGGGGCGUCGAGACGCUGCACGUUCCGUCCGAACACAUUUGGCUUCCGGACAUUGUCCUUUACAAUAACGCCGAUGGAAAUUACGAAGUGACCAUUAUGACGAAAGCCAUUCUCCAUCAUACGGGUACAGUGUCAUGGAAGCCGCCUGCGAUUUAUAAAUCGUUUUGUGAAAUCGACGUCGAGUACUUCCCCUUCGACGAGCAAACGUGUUUCAUGAAAUUCGGAUCCUGGACUUACGACGGUUACAUGGUUGACCUGAGGCACCUCCAGCAGGUCCACGAUUCCAACAAAAUCGACGUAGGCAUUGAUCUGCAGGAUUAUUACAUAUCAGUCGAAUGGGAUAUUAUGAAGGUCCCGGCGGUGCGAAACGAAAAGUACUACAGCUGCUGCGAGGAGCCCUACCUCGACAUAAUGUUCUACAUCACCCUCCGCAGGAAGACGCUCUUCUACACGGUGAACUUGAUCGUACCGUGCGUCGGAAUCUCCUUCCUCUCCAUCUUGGUCUUCUAUCUACCAUCCGAUUCCGGCGAGAAGGUCUCGCUCUCCAUCUCCAUUUUGCUCUCGCUCACCGUCUUCUUCUUGCUCUUGGUGGAGAUCAUCCCGCCCACUUCCAUUACGGUGCCUCUGCUAGGUAAAUACCUGCUGUUCACCAUGCUGCUGUGCACCCUCUCGGUGGUGGUGACCAUAGCGGUGUUGAACGUCAACUUCAGAUCGCCGGUGACCCACAAACUGGCCCCGUGGGUGAAGGUCUUCUUCAUCGAGUUCCUGCCCAAGUGCCUGUUCAUCGAGAGACCCAGAAAGGAGGACGAAGACAGAAGCCUGGACAGCGUCCUCACCGACGUCAUCCACGUGCCCAUGCUGGACAAGUGCAAAUACGAGAAGACCUCCUUCGACAGCUUCGAUUUGGGCCUACCGCCGCCCAGAUUCGACUCGGGCGGCCUCGGCUCCUGCUUCGGGGAACCCCCCUUUCCGCUACCUUUGGCCGGCGGGGAAGAGGACCUGUACAGCCCGGCGAGCUGCAGGACGAACAUCUUCGAAGGCUCCAGCGACCUCAGCCCCACGCCCUUCGACAAAAUCGAGAUACACGACAUGGAGAAGACCAUCGCCGAUUCCAGAUUCAUCGCCCAGCACGUCAGGAACAAGGACUCCUUCGAAAACGUGGAGGAAGAUUGGAAAUACGUGGCGAUGGUGUUGGAUAGAUUGUUCCUGUGGAUAUUCACGAUGGCGUGUAUCGUGGGUACCGGUAUAAUCAUCUUCAACGCUCCGUCGUUGUACGAUACGGCGAAACCGAUCGAUAUAUUGAUAUCGAAGGUGGCCAAGAAGAAGAUGGCGCUGCUGAAGAUGGUGCCCGAGGAGCUUUGAGCCGGUUCUUCUUUUUGAACGUUUGGUUUUUGUUGUAGGCGGUAAGGUAAAAAUGGCGGCGCGCGUUUUUUAUAUGCCGGUCUCGGGGAAGUACCGGGAAAAGUGGAUUUUUUUUUGGUGUAUAUACGGCGUGUCCCAAUGCAAUAUGUAUCUAAUAGAUUAUAUGGAUUAUGGAUGAGUAUCCUCUAAUGGAUUUUUUUGUAUGCGAAAAAAAAUUUAUUCCUUAUCCAUAUAGUAAGUUCUAAGGGGACAUUCUGUAUAUAUAAUGUAUAUAAAUGAAUUGUAAUUAAUUGCUCUUAUGCAAGACUCGAAAUUGCGAUGAUAACGAUGAUAAUCACUAAAUGAAUAAAAAAAUAGUAAUUGUUACGUUAUGUAAUUGAUUAAUAAUAAUUAAUAAUUAAUCAAUAAGUAAUAAAAAAAAUGUUAAAAAUAAUUGUUUAAUUCGUAAGCAGGGACGAAACGUAUAGUAGUUUUUGAAGCGAUUAUUAUUAUUAUUAUUAAAUAAAACUUUUUCCAUUAAGUAAAAAUG